GGCAAGGGGGGAGCCGCGUCAGGAGGGUAUAUAGAGCUAGGGUGGAGCGUCGACGCGUUACUCCUCCUCUUCCUGACGACCGCGAUGCAGACCAGGUGUUGCGUGCUCCUGCUGGUGGCGCUGCAGGUGGUGGCAGUGCUAGCGGCGCGUGCUAAACGAGCCUCACCGCAGCAGUGUCCCGAGGGCUUCACGGGGAUCGGCUUCGGGAUGUGCGUGUCGGUGCGGAGUCUGAAUGUGAACUACUUCGACGCGCGCUCCUGGGCCACCACCAACAAUAUGUGCAAGGCCGACGGUGCCAGGCUGGUCUCCCUGGACACACCUGAGAAGCACAAGGCCCUCACGGAAUACCUCCACUCAAAUUUUGAUUUCAGCUCAAUUCUUCAGAUGUGGGUGGGCGCCACGAGGAACGCGACGGGCUGGUGGUGGCUCAACUCAGCACCCUUACCCGUGGACUCCAACAUAUGGCUGGAAGGGGAGCCCAACCCUGAUGAGACGUACGUUCACGCUAUCACUUUCGUGAGUUGGAACAUCGUUGAUGGUGGACAUCUCCACUUGAGGGCCGUUCCCGCCGAUUCCUUGGGCCUGGGGUACGUGUGUGAGGCGACGGGCGUCUAACGGCCGUACCAUUAGGCAGCCUCUUCGAAUGUAGAACCUCUUCGUCCAUUUUCUCCUUCCAUACUAUUUGGAGGGGGGGCUCCGUAGGCGGAGGGAAGGUGUUCUUGGGGGAAAUUGUUGGAAUCUGGCAAGGGGUCAAAGGGUCGAGAGAGGCACAUCUUCGUCAGCCCCUUCGCAUAUUUUAUGCAUCAAUCCUGCAUUUCUUUUAAUAUAGUAGUAAAUGACCCAGGAAUUAUAAUAAAGCUUAUUUCAUCUAAUAUGAAUCGGCAAGCCUUUUUUAAAUAAAUUAUUUAAAAUGUU